AUGGGCAGAAGAAACCCGGGCUGUGGCAAGACAAAUGUCUACUUGAGGUAUUGCAAGAACCAGUUUGACUUCCACUACCGGCCGACGACAUCGAUCAGCAUUGGCACAGCGGUGCGUGUGAUGCCUAGCGGUGCCGGCAUCGGUGCUAGCGCUGGUAGCAGCCAUGUCAGUCUUCAGCUCUGGGAUUUGCCUGGCCAGGAAAGCAAGGAGCUACGGCAGCGCUACUACAGAGAUGCCGACGCCGCCAUAGUGGUCGUUGAUUGCUCGGAUAGCGAGAGCAUCAACACAGCGAUGACGUGGUAUAGUGAUAUCACGCAGAGUUCUGAGCUCACUGCCAGCAGCAGAACAGGCACUGUAGGUAACAGGCCAGCAGCAGCGGCGGCAGGUGAAGGCGUGUCACCCAUACCAAUACUGCUGAUGGGCUCCAAGCACGAUCUUCUGGACAACAAGGAGCUGUUUCCAGACGUAGAUUCACGGGAAGAAUUGAUGUCAAAGUUUGAAGCUCUUGGAGACCAAGCUGGGUUCAUUGGCGGGGUUCUAGUGUCUGCUAAGAGUGGUGACAACAGUGUCUACAGCUCCAUCAACUUCUUGCUCCGCUAUUUGUGGUCGCCAGAACAAGUGCGCGAUGACACACAGAUUAGAGCACGUCGUCAAGCCGCGGAUGAACAAGCAGAUGCCACUCUUGGCAACUCCGUGUUGCCACAACGUCAGGGCAAACAACUCAUACAGGCUGUUGGCUUGCAGACAAUGAACAUACCAGAGCUGGAUCCUAAACUGGAAGGUUGGGCAACCCACCUGGACACCAUUGAUCAAAUCUCCCGACAAUGGCAAAGGGCACGGAAACAGUUCUCGAGGACGUGCGGAAUGCUCCCUGGUGCCAGUCAGGUAGCGUUUGGUACCAUCGAGCAAGGAUGCCUCUACAUUAAGCAAGCGCUGGAGUGGAAGAAUUUGACACUGGACGCGGUGGACGACGGCUAUGGCUUCUUGAACAUGACCACAGCUGAGCUGGGAACUGGCAGAGAGAAUACCUUACCAGCUGGUGUGGCACUUGCCAUGGCAUGUUAUGCUGACCAGGUCGCUCCAGCUGCACGCAAGAUCCUACGUACAUGCCCACCUAUUUCAAUUCAACUGGCACAGGCACAGGGUAGUAUUGAGCAGGUGCUGGAAGGCAGUGGAGAUCUUUCCGGGCGGAAGCGAGCGGCAUGCAGGCACAAUCGAGCAGCAAUUGAUGAGUCUGCUUCUCAGUCAGGCCUGCUCGUUCAGGAUGUUGAACAAACAUUGGACAGAAUCAAAGCACGUCUCUCAUGGUAGCUCUGCCAACCAUGCCACCACCGAGAGUGUCCGAAGUGCAUGUCAACUUUAACAUUAGAAUCUGUUCUGGUAACACUAGAUCUCUUGAAACAGAAUUUAAAUGAUUACGAUCAGGGAGUAGGCAUUUUACUACUCCCUGAUCAUGACCAUGAUGCCCGUAAGACGUUACACUCUGGUCAGUCACAACAUGCACUGUAAGUCACUUGAAGAAGACUUGUAGUAUGGCAGUACUUUGCUAAAUGCACGGCUCAUGCAUCCGAAAAGCUCAGCCUCAUUGUGCCAUGCGUACUGAAUCCGGUAUCGCUAGGCCGGUAAGACCGGCAAAACUACAAGUACAACAGUGGCAGUAAGAUGCUUCAAAGCGAGCGGACGGCGUUAUUGGAUGAUCCAUGUCUGUUCAUAAUAUAUGCGUUCAAUGAGCAACAUCAGUACUAUACCGUGAUUCACGGGUAGUUGUGA